UUAAAAGUGGGCGGGGCGUUUCAAGAUAUGUCUGAAAUUGAAUCAAAAUUCAAGUAAUAAAGACAAUAUAACAAAGAUAACAGCAAUGAAGGUUAUCUACAGAGAACUUUCCACGUCUGAUAAAGAUAUCAAGAUUAGUUUGGAUACAAAUGUAGAGCUUCCUAAACAUGAUGAUACCAGUGUUGUAGUUCAGGUUAAAGCAUGUGGGCUCUCAAAUAUCUCUAAUAAGGUUCUGAAUCUCCUUCACUCAACUACAAAGUCAGAGCAAUGUCUUUACAGCGCAACAUUUGAAGUGACGGGCCUCGUCACCCAAGUUGGAUGCAGUGUGACAGGAAUUCAGCCUGGAGAUAGAGUCGCAGGAUUUUGUCCAUUGGACAGUGAAAUGUCAGCUUGUGCAGAUUUCUGUGUACUUAAAGAACAUAAUAUUGUUAAGAUACCAGAAGGUGUGGAAUUUGAAAUGGCAGCUGCUUGUAUAGGGGACUGUCUGAAAGCAUACAUAGCACUACACUAUCUCGCCAGACUCUGUAGUGGGGAUACCCUCCUUGUGAUAGAUGGCGCCUCAUCAGCUGGGACAAUGGUAAUACAGUUAGCUCAACUUUGGGGAGCAAAGGUCAUGGCAACAGUGAGCUGUGCAGAAGAAAGAAGUUUCCUUGAGACUCUUCAACCACCUUUAGCACAAAUUAUAGAUUCUGGUGACAAGACACGUCCUAUAUCUAGCAGUGUAUUGGAGGAGACUGGGGGCAUAGGAGUUGAUUGUGUCAUAGAUAAUGGGGCACGUUUAUUUACGAGUGAAGAUGAUAUGAUUAUUGCCGGAGAAACCAACAAAUCCCCAUCUUGCCACAAGUAUGACAUCAUAUCCUGUCUAGGGGUUGGUGGACGGUGGGUGACAUCACAACCAGAUCUUCAGCUGGAUCCACUAGACUCGGAAUGUCUGUUUCUGCGCUCUGCAAGUGUUUGUUUCCUGUUCCCCGAGUCUUGGCUUCUCUCUAAUUCCCAACAAGGUCGUUACCAGCAUAUCUUAGCUGAUAUAAUGGAUAAAUUAUCACAGGGACUUAUCAAAGCCAAUAUAACAAAAACAGUCAACUUUGACAACACCAUAGAUGCUCUACAGACACUCCAAAACCGACAGAUUGGAAAAACUGUAAUGUCUUUGUGAUAAACACUGGGAAGAACACUUUAAAUAGAUGUUUGUAUCGGAUGGAUAACGUCGUUGCUAUGGCAAGAAAGAUGUGUCUUAUUGAGGAAUUGUGCAAUACUGAUGGCAAUACAGAGAUCAUACAGAGCAUGUAUAUACAGGGUGGGCCAAAAAGACGCCACUUUUUUUUCAAAAUGCUAUACCUUUU